UCCCUUACAUUCCGCAGAGGAUGUAAAUUUGACAGAUGAUCUGAAUGUCGCUUUUCAAAGUUCAUCAAUGACCUCACUGGAUUAUUUUGAUUCAAGCGAUGUAGUGACAGUUUUCACUGGAGAAGUCACUGAAAUAAAUGAACAAUCCUUAGAUGACACUUUGCCUCUGAGCCCGGAACCCAUAGUUCCUGACAAAAAAAUUCUUGUUGUUCAUCGUGGACAGAUAUUUUCAGAACUUAUUGCACAUUUCUGUGAUGAAACCCUUGCACACACACAGAGUGCUGUAGAAGUGAAGUUGCUCCUCCCAAAUGGACAGUUUGAGAUGGGCCAUGACUUCGGUGGAGUGUUCAGAGAUUGCCUAUCAGAAUUUUGGCAGGAAUUUUAUGAUCAAUGCACACUGGGAAACAAUUUUAAAGUUCCCUUUCUUCGGCAUGAUUUUGGGAAAGAAAAGUGGGAAAGUGUUGCCCGAAUAAUUCUGUUUGGCUGGAAGAAAGAGAAGUAUCUUCCAAUAAAACUGGCACCUGUCAUCUUGGAGCAAGCAAUACAAGGAUCUGUCAAAAGUGAUCUGAUUGACAACUUUUUAAAGUAUGUCUCAGAAAAUGAGUGUGCUGUCUUAGAAAGUUGCAGAACAGACUUCUGUAGUGCAGACCAGGAGGAAUUGAUCGAGAUCUUGGACAACUACAGUUGUCGUAGAAUUCCAACAGAAGAAAACUUUGUGCAAGUUUUGCAAGAACUGGCUCACAAGACUCUCAUUCAAGAGCCUGCUUAUGUUCUUGAACAGUGGAUGAGCAUACUUGGACCUCUGAGGAAGGACCUUCAGGAAAUUGAAAAUGUGUAUUGUGCACUACAACCAACAGUGAGGAAAAUUGUGCGAUCUCUCAAAUUCCCUGAAGCAAUGAAUGCACACCAAAAGGACAUUUCAAAGCAUUUGACAGCUUACUUGCGGGAGUGUGAUGCCAAACGACUGUCUCUGUUUCUGAGAUUUUGUACAGGAUCAGAUUUGUUUAUAGAUAAAACUAUAACAGUUGAUUUCACAGACCUUAAAGGGUUUUAGA